UUUUUAAUAAUAAUGCUUUCAUUCAUUAGAUCAAACAGGCAAUAUGUUACGAUAUCCUCUACCACCGCAUUUAAUGUUAUCACAGCCAGUACCGAGGCAACCCCUUCAUGGCUCCUAUAGUUUUCCUCAACCACCACAUCCUAACUUAGGAGGUCCACAGUUUCUUCGGCCAGAUCACAUGAUGUCUGCAUUUCCUAAUAACCAAGCCAAUCAUCAUCAACAACACCAACAUUCUUACUUAGGAAAUCAGAGAAACCAAAACAGAUCUUACUAUCAUAAUGAUCAACAACCCGGACAUCAACCAUUUUUUAAGAAUAAUCAAUAUCCUCAACGCAGUCAUGACAGAACUAAUCAGAGAUACUAUCAUCAACAUUAUUCUCAUGGUGUUAACGGUAAUGCUUCGGGAGAGUAUGAACUCUCAGGAAAGCUUGCUAUAAAAGCUCACGAGAAACAAUGGUUAAUCAAUAUACAACUGUUACAACUUAAUACAAUUCAACCAUAUGUUGAUGACCACUAUUAUAUUGUAUUCUGUGAUAAACGGAAUAAGCGACAUGCGAAUCAAGAACAGAAAGAUAAAAAACACCAUAAUAACAAUGGAUAUCACAGAGAUCAUAGAGAUUGGGAACCAACAUCCCAAGCUCCUUCAACAAGAUCAGCGUACACGCCAGCUCAGUUUGAGAAUUCAUUAGGCAAACUUCAUUGCAGUAGUGUUACGGCACCGCGCAAACUUAUCGAUAUGGAUGUCGUGUCAAAUAGCGAUUCUCAGUCUAAUUCUCAAUCACAACAAAAGGACACUAAAAAAACACGCCAAUUACUCCUUGAAAUCGAAAGGCUAUACACACUGCUAUUCAAACUCGAGGAUCUGAGCAAUCCUCUUGCUUCAAUUCCGGAGCCGCAACAGCAGCAGGAAGGAGAAGCUGAGACAAAUACGAUUAAAACCAAACCAGAAUUAAUUAGCAUGACACUGUCAUGUUUGCAACAAUUAAUACAAGAUGAUAAAUUAGCUAGUAUGCUAAGUAUUCGAAAAGGAAAGACAUUAUUACUGCGUUUUUUACCUCAUCUGAAUGUGACAGAAUAUAAUAAGCAGUUAAAAGAAUUGUGGACUGCGAUAUUUAAAGGAUUAGCCGUGAUAGGCCGUAGAGAUUGUCACUUAUUAACGGACUUCUACUCUGAAUUUUGGAGAUGGCUUAAUACUGUGAAAGAUUUUGAUACAGUAUUGCGAUUAGCAAGAGCGUUAUCGGACUCGGCUACCCAUCCCGUCAAAAACAACAGUUUAAGUUUUGCUCUUAUGAAUAAGUUUGGUAUAUCUGCAAUAGCAGCAAUGCUCGAGCAAGCAGAACAAUUAUGCGCUACAAACGAUUCCCUGCCUUCUGAAUGGUCAACUUUCAUAGAAAUGAUAGUUGAAAUAAUUGGUGGCUCGUCAUCCUGCAUUACACCUUGUCAACCGAUUGCUGCAAAUACGCUCAAUAAACAUCUGAAUCGGAUUUCCAGUUUAAAAAUAGAAAGGUAUACAACGCUAGUGCGCUUGUUGGCUGAUACCAAUCCUUUACGAUAGUCUAACAUUACAAAAGUUACAUUUGGCAGACAUUUUUUUCUUUUUUUUUUCUUUCUUUUUUAAUUUCCCUUUUCUUUUAACGUAUGAAAAAUAUAUAUAUAAAUUAUGCUAAAAAAAAAUAAUACAUACAGACAAAUAUUUUAAUAUAAUUACUAAUGUUAUCGCAAAAUAUCCACUAUGUAUCAUAAUAUUUCUAAAUAGAUGCCAUGAUUUUACAAAGUAGAUUAAGUAUCUGACGAGAGAUAUUUAAAAAAAAUUUAUAUAUAUAAAUAGAAAUUCUGAGCAUCCUGAUGCACAAUGAAGUUUCUUACUCGUAUAUAUGUGUAUAAUAUAUAUCAUCUUUUAUUGUAUAUUUUGUACACAUUAAUCAGUUUUUGAACUGAUAAUCAGUAGCGUUAAGAAGCCAUUAUAUAUAUCGGAAAAAAAUAAACGUGCAUCAGAGAAAUAUAGUAGAGUUGCAUGCCAAUAAUCUUUUUAGGAUGAUUUUUUAAAUUAUAGUAUUCUUGAUUCUACUCUGUGUAAAAUUGGUAUCUAAUAUACAGCAUAAGGGGCAAUUGAAAUAAUCACCUUGAUUUAUUUCAUCAACAAUGCAUUGAUUCAUUUUUCAUCAUAUACCACAGAGACAAAUCAAGAUGGUAAUUUCAAAUGCAUUUAUUAUAUUAAACUACACAUCCUAUCUUCCCAUGUUACAUUUCGUAUUUAUCUCUUUUUUAAUUAGCAUAUUAGAGCAUUUUAUAUAAUAUAUAUUAUAUAUAUCUA